AUGCGGCCCUCGAUUUCCGUGUUAGCAUGUCUGGUGUCGUCCACUCUGGCCCAAACCUUCCAGCGGCUAGGUGGAUGCCCCGAUCUGGGAUGCGUCUUCCCACCUGACCAGGCCGACUUCCUUGCAGGUCAAUACUUUGAUAUUCGUCUAGAAGUCCACUCCCCAGUCAAUGGAUCUGAAGCACGCACCGGAGAGCCAGACCCAGACUUCAAAUUUACAAUCACCAAAAAGGACAAAAAGGCCGUUUCUGCGGCGAAAUACUUCGAAAUCGAGGAGCCGGAGCUCGAGAGAUGGGACUUCUCGUGGUACGAGGAUCUGUUCGCGCAGGACGCCGAGAAGCCUUCUGUUGUAAACGUCACUUCCAAGAUCUAUAGGAGAGUCGCCCUAUAUGAGCCCGGAGAAUACGAGGCCACUUUGACCUACUAUGGAAACCAGAAGACGGUAGCAAACUGGCUUGUCCGUGACCUGCCAACCAAGCGCCGUGCGAAGAAUGUAGUCAUGUUCAUUGGAGAUGGCAUGACAACGAACAUGAUUACCGCUGCACGUCUCAUUGCGCACCGGAGUAUCAACGGAAAGUACAUGACGAAGAUGGCAUUGGACAAGUUCCCGGUACUGGGUCACCAGAUGACGCACUCGAUGGAUUCAUUCAUCACCGAUUCGGCCAACUCGGCCACUGCCCUUUACACCGGCCACAAGACGACAGUGAAUGCGUUGAAUGUUUAUGUCGAUUCGUCCAGCGAUCCGUUCGAUGACCCCAAAUUCGAGACUAUCUCGGAGAUCUUCCGGCGUCGCAACCCAGAUGGUGGCGUGGGUAUCGUCUCGACUGCUUUCUUGGCGGAUGCCACCCCUGCUGGGUUGGCUGCCCACACUAGCGACCGUGGCGAGUACGAUCAUGUUAUCAGCGCUUACUAUGAGGGUCUGACCAAGUACGAGUGGACCGAUUGGAAUGGCCCCGAUGUGCUUCUCGGAGCUGGCGCGGAAGAUUUCCUCAAGAAUGAAGAAACCAGAGAUUAUUAUAACCUCUUCUCCGAAAAAGGCUACAACGUAGCUUGGAACAACACUGCACUUCACAGUGCACCGACCGAUGAGAAGUUGCUGGGAGUGUUCCAGAAAUCCAACCUCGCCACCUGGCUCGACCGAAACGUCUACCAGGCCAACCUGCUCAACCAGAGCAACUACCCCGAUGGAUCAGGUCGCGAUGCCGAGGAUCUGCCGGGACUCAAGGACAUGACCUUGAAGGCGAUCGAUGUGCUCCACGAACGUCACAGCGAUGAUGGCUGGUUCCUUAUGUCCGAAGCCGCCAGUAUCGACAAGCAGAUGCACACGCUGGACUACGAUCGAUCCCUGGGCGAACUUCUUGAGCUCGAUGACACCGUGCGUGCGACAAUCGAAAAGCUGAAGGAACUUGGUGAGCUGGAAGAUACUCUGAUCGUCGUCACGGCCGAUCACGGCCACGGCUUUGACGUCACCGGCUCGGUCGACACCGAGUACAUGGACGCCCAGGACGAUGACCGCAGCAAGCGAAAUGCUGUUGGAUAUUAUGAGAAUUCUGGUUUGUCGCAGUAUACGGUGGCCGGACCGAACUCCCUGCGGUAUUCUGAAGGGGUGCACUUCCCUUCGCGCUGGGACCCGCGUUACACCCUGCACUCAGGAGUGGCCGCUUUCCCGGAUCAUCGCGAGAAUUACCAGGUGCAUAGCGAGGGGCCGCGCACACCUGCCGCGACCACAAAAGACAAGAAGAAUGGAUAUUAUGCCAGUUACAAAGAUGCCGUCACUGGCUUCGUGGUGAACGGAACACUGCCCCUUGAUGCGGGCCAGGGGGUCCACUCUUUGACCGAUGUGCCCGUGUUCGCGCAGGGACCGUGCCAGGAGUUGUUUGGAGGCGUCUACAACUCCAUUGAUAUUUUCUUCAACAUGGCGGAGUGUCUUGGCCUAUCUGAGACGAAGAAGGGGCACUGA